AUGAACAGCCUCAACAUCGUCUCAAGGUUGACCACCACUCCCCCGCCGUCUCCGCCGCGAUCGCGCACAAGUAGCUUGGCCAAUGCGAACAGCUCGGAUGGUAACGGCGAACAGUCGAGUGGAAGACUAGAUAUGGGGAGCAUCGACGAGAAGCUGAGCGGGACGGGAGAGAAGCAGGCGCACGAACAGGGAGAUGCGGAUGCGCCUACAAAGACGGAGGAGGAUGCGGACGAGAAGACGCCGUUGCUGGCAGAUGGAGAGGGCGCGGGUUUCAAAGAAGCGCCAGGCAGUAGGCUCUGGGCCAUUCCGAAGCGCAUUGGACAGGCGGUCAUCCACGGUGUACAAGUGGUCUUCACUACAAUCACCGCGCCAGGUCGAUAUGUGAUUGCCUGCUUCUACGAUGAUCAAGGCCACUUCUCCGCCAUCCUACCUCUGCGCAACUUCAAGAACUUGAUGCUACGGCGGCGGCGGAGGUCUACUACCCAAGCUGUUGGUCUGAGUGGCGCCCUGGAGACGGAGGAGAAGAAGUCGCGACAGUCGCAUCGAUCAAGUAGGCGAUCGACAUCAGUAGACAGCAAUGCGUCCUCUAGCACAUUGGCUUCAUCGGAUGGUGAGGGCGAGAAGAACGACGACAGUCCUGCCCGGCAUACCCGCUCUCGGACGGCAGCUGCACAGCAAAGCAAUGCCGAUGCAGCACCACAGAGACGUAGUAUGAAAGUCAGGCUUCAGUCAAACGACGAGGUCCGCAAACGACGUACGGCCAAGUCCUCCACCACCCAACCACAGAAGAAGUCUUCAACAUCACAACCCAGCAACCUGGACGACGUAGCCCAAGCCCUCAAAUCUCCCUCCUCCCCUGCCGGCCACGCAACCAAGCUAACCCGCUACCCGCGCGCUCCUGCUCCUCCUCGACCACUAGUACCCCGUCGACAACCUUCCUAUACGCUCGCCUACUCUCCCGAUACACCCCGCAAGACUCUCAUCAUCGAUCUUGAUGAGACUCUCAUCCACUCCAUGGCUAAAGGCGGCCGCAUGAGCACCGGCCACAUGGUCGAAGUGCGCCUCGGCGGUGCCGUUCCUACUCCAUCCUCUCCUACUACUACUUCGCAGGCACCUCCGUCUCAGUUCGGCUCUGGUGUCCCGAUCCUUUACUACGUCCACGAACGACCCGGCUGCCACGACUUCCUGCGCAAAGUGAGCAAAUGGUACAACCUCGUCGCUUUCACCGCGUCAGUGCAGGAGUAUGCGGAUCCGGUGAUCGAUUGGCUAGAGCGAGAAAGAAAGUAUUUCGGCGGGAGGUACUACCGGCAGCACUGUACGCUGCGAAACGGGGCGUAUAUCAAGGACUUGGCGCAGGUCGAGCCGGACUUGAGCAGGGUGAUGAUUUUGGAUAACAGUCCGAUGAGUUAUAUUUUUCAUGAAGAUAAUGCCAUUCCGAUCGAAGGCUGGAUCAGCGAUCCCACGGACAACGAUCUGAUACAUUUGGUGCCGCUGCUGGAGGGUCUGCAGUAUGUGACUGAUGUGCGGGCGCUGCUGGCUUUGCGGCAAGGGCAGGCGCAGCAGGCGUGA